CGCCGGAAGCAUUUUCGCUUACUGUACAGGGCACCUCGUGGCAGGCACAACAAAAACCAAAAGCAGCGAUGUUUGGGUCUAAAUAUCUCGGUAAUGUGACAACGCCGCCCUAAGUUCCAUGAAGUGAGACAACUCUUUCCAGUCUCUCUUGCGAAGCGCCACGAGGAGUGCCUCAUCUCAUAUCAGCAUACACGUUUUCGACACACUCAAGCAGCUCUGCCCACAUUCCAUCAGAUUUAUGGUCGUAAGAGCUUUGAUGGCUCCCUCUCACUCUGCACAGAAAUGGCCUGAAGAACUGGAAAAUGGACCUCAUCCUAUGGCGGUGCCUGAGGCUAAGUCCUUCGUGACCAGGUGGCUGAUCACGAAGUCCACCCUGGCCUUUUGUCUACCAGAACUGGGUCAGUGAUGGGGAUAACCACCCACCUUCGCAAAGAUCGCAAUCACGCUCCCGGAGAAUGCGUAUCAAGUCCACCGCUCGUACACUAGCCGCUGUACUAAGUAAGCCGGGCCAGGAAUCGCGCAGUUUCAGGUGGCCGACAUUGUCCAUUCAGAUAGCAGGAUCUGGGGUAUCCCCGGUCCGACCACCAACCACCAACCACCACCUCGUCAUUUCUGGCUAUACUCGUGUCGCUUGAGGCUCUCUGGGUCUCCAUGGCCUGUGGAACCGGGCUAUGCUGGCUUUACGGAGUACAAACUACGGAGUACAGUAUUCUGUACCACAUGGCUGGUCGUGCUCCCUCAACAAAGCUGCCCGGUAACAUAAGAGUCUACGCCAAUCGGGCACCUGAGUCUGAAAGGCGCAAAUGUAACAUUGAAGUUUUCUGCUAUGGUGCAAGAGGAGCGCUUUCCUCUAUCUUUCAUAUAUGAAAUUUUUGUCGCCAAUCCCAGGGUUCUAUUUUGGCCCUUUGCAUGUGAAACCUUUCAGGACACGGGAAAGCUUCAACCCCUACCAGAGCGAAAAGUGAACAGCUAAUAUACACGUGCGCACGAGACCGCUUCCUCCCUCGAGCUCUCUCAAAGCGCCUUGACAGCACUUCAGGACACCAGCAAACCUCACGUCCUCCCUUGUAUACGGUGCUGAGCGGCCAUGUCAGACGAUCGGUGUUACGGGAACAAGACUACAAAUUCUGUUGCGCAAGUUUACGGGGUAACCAAUCCUUAUAUCUGUCCUGGCACGGAAUCUUCUUCUGGAAAUUCUCGAUGUUGUGGUCAUAAUGGCAUCUGCCUUUCCAACGGGAUCUGCCAGGCUUUAAACCCACCUGUCAAUGGCACUGGGUACUAUAUCGGGUCUUGUACUGAUCGCAACUUUGAGGAUCGAGAAGUCUGUGACAACUCCUGCUCAUCCUUGAAGACUCAAGAGAUUGUAUACAAUAAAACGGAAGGUGUAUGGCACUGCUGCGGAUUGAAUGCAAAGGGCGAGUUGAAAUGCAGCAAUCCAUCUAAGAUCAAAUUCGAAGCGCCUUCGCCUGCGGCGUUGAAGUCAGAGUACAGCGCCAGCAGCUCAUCGUUCAUGGCCACCGCUUCCGCCUCGCAGACCCUUCCAUCGCAACCUACAACUACGGUUGCUGUCCCUACUGCGACAUCUUCUCCGGCUUCUAGUGGUGGUCUAUCUACAGGUGCACAAGCGGGCAUCGGCGUUGGCGUUGGAAUUGUCGCUCUCGCUGCGAUUGUUGGAACUGUUUUCUUCCUGCUUCGCCGGCGGAAAAGACAAAGGCUGCAUGUUGAACAACGGGGAACUGGGCCAUGGCCUGCUCAGGGUGGUUAUCAUGUUAUGGAUCAUGGCCAAGUACCCGCCUUUCAAGAUCCGGUCAAAUCGCCUCCGAACCCUGAGCAGCAAUCGGCAGUAGCUGAAUUGGGCCCGCAUGAAACCCAACCUGUCGAGUUGAUGACGAGUACAAGACGAGUAAAUUCUACCACAGCCGAAUUACCACCUUGAUGUUGAAGUUUUAUAACGAAAACGCACAUCUUUCGGUAAGAGACCAGAAGCUUGAGGACAGCUAAAGUUUGAUAUACGGCAUGGUCCUUUCAGCAAGGUCGGACUCGCUUGGGACGGCGGAGAAGAUGCAAGUGGUCGGCCGACGCGUCGACGGUGUGAUUCUCAUUUGCGAUCAGCUCAGCCUCGCGGAGAAAUCAACAGCGUAUCGGAAUAAACCCAAGUCAAGCGGAACCGCCAUUGAGCAGCGGGCUGAAAUUGAGCGGCAAUCUGUUGUGCUGCACGCAGAGGCUUGACCCUGGGAAUCUGGGCCAGUGCUCGAACACGAACAGAGUGUGACACAAAGGAUGUGCUCUUCGAGAUCCAACUCUGGGAACAUUCUGAGGAAAUCAUCGCCCCUGUGCCAGGCUCUGUUGACGCUAUCGACAGGAUGUUUGAGAUUUUGAGAUGUGAUUAGGCGGUCGGCUCGAAUGCUAUACAGAUUUAUGGCAAAGCUCGAAAUACGAUUAAGCUGCCAAAUGACUGUGAUUAUACUUGCCUGGUGACCGAGUGAACAAACUUCAGUCAUGG